UCGCUGAUCGAUAGUCGCGACGCUAUACAGUACAGCAUAUCGGAGAAUAGUCCUGCGCUACGUCACACGUUAUUAUCGCGCGAUAGCCGCCUUUCUCCGCGUAAACAGUAGCGUCGCGUCAUCGCUUUUCGACACACGUCGCGUAUCGAACAAUCGAAUGAGAUCGCGAGAUUAUCGGAUCAAGGCGAUAUAAAAGCGAAUAAUUGCGAGAGCUAUUAAACCAUGGCGCGUACCAAGCAGACGGCCCGUAAAUCAACGGGAGGAAAAGCUCCCCGUAAGCAGCUCGCUACUAAGGCAGCCAGGAAGAGCGCCCCGUCCACCGGAGGUGUGAAGAAGCCGCAUCGUUAUAGACCUGGUACUGUCGCUCUUCGAGAAAUCAGAAGAUAUCAAAAGUCGACGGAGUUGCUUAUCAGAAAAUUGCCGUUUCAACGACUGGUUCGUGAAAUCGCGCAAGACUUCAAGACCGAUCUACGUUUUCAGAGCGCCGCUAUAGGCGCCUUGCAGGAAGCUUCCGAGGCAUAUCUUGUGGGUCUUUUCGAAGACACCAAUCUUUGCGCGAUUCACGCGAAACGCGUCACAAUUAUGCCUAAGGACAUCCAACUGGCUCGGCGAAUUCGCGGCGAGCGUGCUUAAGUGACGCUGUGUAACACAUACAUACCGUUUACUGCGAUUAUUAUUAUUAUUAAUAUUAAUAUUAUUAUAUUAUUAAUUACAUACACAUUACUGUUUGCAGUCGCGUCAUGGAUGAAGCACUUUCAUUCCAAAACUUUGCGUACAUAUUUUAUCCAUAUAGAGACACUAGGCGCUAUCUAGCGCGCGUUAUUGUUUGAUUAAUUUUCUAUUCUCUGAUGAAUAAAACAAUUUACAAGUUAUGAGACAAAAGUUUUCUUUAUUUUUUUUUAUUUCUCAGAAGUCUGUUAAGUCUUCGAUAGCUUUUCAGUUCAGUUAUAUCACAUGUUUAUGAAGUUUAAUUUGAAAUAGUUUCUCGUGCUAAAAAAGUUAAUAUAAUGAAACACAAACAAAAUAAUUUUGAAGCCACGUUUGGAGAUGGCGAUUCUUUUUCACUAUUUAUCUUCUUAUCAUACUAAUAUACAUAACAAUGUCAUUAUCAUUAUUAGUACUUGCAAAAAGUGUGCACUAGAAUAAGAUACUCUCACAGUAAAGCUGAGAUGUAGUGCUUAACAUAUUAGAUCUCUGUACUCGAGUUACAUACGUCAUUUUAAUCACCUAAGCGUUGUGUAAAAAUUUGUGUAAAAAUAAACGCAUUUCGUAUAAAUAAAUCUUCUAAAUUCA